AUGCAAAAUCUUGGGGAGCCUCUAAAUCGUUAUUCACCUAAUAUUGGCAAGACAUCAAAGUAUCCAAUUGUGAAUCAUGUAUCCACUAAGAAGCUGUCUGAACCUCUCAAGGCAUUUGUGCAUCAGUUGUCUGCUAUUUAUAUCCCAACAAAGGUUGUUGAAGCAUUGAAAGAUCCUAAGUGGGUUCAAGCUAUAAAGGAAGAGAUGAAAGAUUUUGAGAAGAAUCAUACUUGGACACUGAAAAGUUUUCCGCAAGGAAAAAUGAUUGUCAGAUAUAGAUGGGUAUUUAUCAUAAAACACAACGCUAAUGGAUUUAUCAAGCGAUACAAGGCAAGACUUGUGGUGAAAGGAUAUUUGAAGUUUGAACUCGGAAAAAGACUUAUGUUCUCAAAACAUGGUCAUCUAAAUAUUGAUGGUUAUUCAAAUGCAGAUAGGCAAGGCAGUGUAACAGAUAGAAGAUCGAUAUCGGGUUACUUCACAUUCGUGGGAGUCAAAAGCUCUGAGACGAUAAAAGAUCUUAAAGCACUGUUAUGUCAGAAGUAUGGAUUUGCUGAAAAUCAUCAGGAGCUCUUUUUGGGUGGUGAUAUGCUCAUGGACUACCAAAGUCUAGUUGACUGUGGAGUUCAGAGGGACUCAACUGUUCAUCUUGUUCUCCAGAAUACUGUCGGAAUCAAAUUAUUUGUCAAAUUACCAUCAAGUCAGGGCACCAUUGAAAUUGAAGCAAAGGCUCAUGAUACCAUCCGAAACAUCAAGGCCAUGAUUCAGGCCAAGGAGAUGAUUCCAUCGGAUCAGUUCACUCUUGUCUAUGGUGGAGAAUUGCUUGAAGAGGACAGCACACUGGCCUCAUUAGGUUUCAAGAGCGAGUCAACCCUGCAAAUGAUUUAUGCUCCUAAAAAUACCCUUUCAAUAUCUGUGAAAGCACCAUCAAGAGAGACUGAAACUCAAGUUUUUGAUGGGAGGAGAACCCUAACUAUCGAUGUGAAGCAGUCUGAUGUUGUUGAAGAUGUGAAGGUCAAGGUUUUUCGCAAGCUUAAAGUGUCUAUGAAGCGUUACUAUUGUUGUAGGCUUUUGUUUGGUGGGAAACGUCUUCGUAAUGGUCGGGAUCUAGCAAGCUACAACAUACAGAAGGACUCCACCCUUAGUUUCGUUAUGUCAGCAAACAUUUUCUAG